UGACACUUCUUCAAAUAAAUCAUGGCUGCCGCAGCUAACCAACAAGAAAUUUUCAGCAAUCUGUCACAAAAAAUCACGCAAUUACUGUUUGGACGCACCGAAGGCGAUAGAAGCGUGAUACAUCAAACUUUGAGUGAGUUGAAUUCCUUGAAUUACGGCCACAGCAUCGCCCUAAACCACACGAAAGCAGUCCUCUUGAUUAAUCAGUGUUGUUCCUUUAUACCGACUGACGACGGCGUUUUGAUACAAAAAUGCAGUCAAUUGUUGAGUAAUUUGGUUAAUAAGCAACAAGUGGUUGUCGAAGGACGAACACUAACAAUAUCAGUACAGUGGUGUUUGCAAUGCUUGAGAUACAAAGACAGCGCCGUGUUGGUGAACGUUUUGCAAUCUUUGGACGCUCUUAUAAGAAAUAGCGCGAAAUUAGACCUGCAUUUGGUGGAUAUUGUAACAAAGGAUAUUAAUCAGUUGAUAAGUGAGGUUAAGGGUGGUAAAGGUGAUGAUAUUAUUUUUACGGCCAUAAAGUGUCUGGAGGCUUGUACGAUUGUUAAUGAGACCAAUAAAAAUGAAGUGGGGGGAGAGAGCGAUAAUUUUCAGCUGCAUUUACAGAUUUGUUCCAAAGUUUUUACUUAUUAUUUAAGUAAUAAGCCAUAUGACUGUGAUCAACUCAUUUAUGUCAAGAUACUAAUUAUUUGCUUAAAUGGGCUGCAAAAUAUCAUAACCCAAAACCCAGAUUAUCUAAAAAGGGAGUUGGGUAAUAUUUUGGGUAUAAUUAGGAGUUAUAUGCUCUAUGGUGUUGGUGGUAUUGAGUUUAUGGUACCUCAAAAAUUGAUGCCAACUGCCUUGAGCAUCCCAGAGACUGCCAGUUCCAACUUGAGGGAGAAAAAAGGCGGGAAAUUAACUAGACAAAGGAAACCAAAAAUGAGAGGCGACAAAAAAGAAAGCAGAAUCUCUGAAGAGUGGACUCCAGAUAAUAGAAACAGGGGCUAUACUCCAGCCACAGCUACUUUAGAAUAUAAUUCUGAUAAUAAUGUUUCAGGCAAUAAUAGACUCAAAACAAGCGAUUCCGAUUUCUCAGACACAGAAAACGGUAAAUUGGCCAAAAUAGCCUUCACUCAAGGUAGAGUCAGACAGGCUGGAUUAAAUUUCUUUAUCAAUGUUUUAAAACACACCGAUAAAUCAGUUAUUUUUAACUAUUGGUUGAGUUUUAUCCCAGAAGUCACCUAUAAAGGCAAACAUAACCUAAUUUCAUCCAUACUUAAAGAUCCAUCCACCAGAGGGCGCAUUUUGGCCCUAACCGUUCUGCUACAACUAUUGACAUCCUCAAAAUUAUAUUUAUUACAGGCUGAAAUGAGCGAUAGGAGCACUUCUUUUACGCCUUUUUCCGUCACUCUAGGGUUGACUUUGAUAGAGCUACAUAAAGGUCUAUGUUUAGCUUUAAACGACUUCUCCAUACCGGUUGUGACGCAAAUUUUAAAGUGUAUGGCAGCUUUAGUGCAGGCCAGCCCCUACCAUAAGUUGCCCAAAGGUUUGAUAACCAAAGUUGUGAGGAAUACCAAGCCUUUUAUAUUUCAUAAAGACUCCACUAUUCAAGUGGCAGCCCUUAUCGUGUUGGGCUGCGUCGUAGCCUCCGAACCCACCGUACCGGAAACGGUGCAGGCCAUAACGAAACUCCAAGCGGAACAAAAAGCCGACGACAAUCGAGAACCCGACGAGAACAAAAGCAAGACGACAACCGACGACGACUUCGACGUGGUAGAUUUUUCCUCCGACGACGAAGAAGAAGAUGAAUCGCCGGGGAACCCCAUAUCGUGGCUGCUCGACAAAUGCCUCGACAACCUGGGUUCGAACCUGGAGAGCCAAAACUUGAACUUCGUCCACGCUCCCGUCAAACUUGAGUCUCUGCAGGUUCUGUCGGCUCUGAGCAGGAACUACUUCGAGAAAACGAUGACUCAGCGUCUCGAUCUGAUCGUCAAAGUGCUGGAAAACGCCCUGAACGAUCGGUACUUUGACGUGCAACUGCACGCCGGUCUCACCCUGGACUUCAUAGGGCAGGCCGUAACGAGAGCGCUAAGCUGCGAAGAGGCGAAAAAGGUGGUGCAGCUGGAAAAAUGCGCCAACUUCUGGCAGAUUCUGUUGAACGGGCCCUUGCUGACGUUGCUGCAGAAUGCAGAGCACGGAGUGUUAAGGUCGGUCGGUUGCGACUGCAUCAGCAGUAUCGGUCCGUUGGUGUUUGAACAGUUGCCUAGAGAUAAACAAAUUUUGUGCGUGACAUUGCUGUUUUCUUGCGCCAGAGAUGACGAAAAUAUUGUUAGAGGCGCAGCGGUGAGAGCUUUGGCCCAUUGUGUACUGUACCCUUCUUUAAGAGAGGACACAGGAUUUGUGGUGGACACCGCAGAAGCAAUCCACAGGUCCCUAAAAGAUACCAACUUUAAUGUGAGAGUUAAGGCGUCUUGGUCGCUGGGAAAUCUAAGUGAUGCAUUAUUUUUAAACCACUCUAAACUACAGUCCGAUGAAGACCUCCCCCCGGAUUUGCUUCUAAAACUUUUGGAGGCCAGUGUAGGCGGCGCCAAAGAUAACGACAAAAUCAAAAUGAACGCUAUGAGGGCUUUAGGGAAUCUUUUGCAACUCUUUAGCGACAAUUUCGAGCAAAAUUUGAGUUACAAAACCAUUUUGGACAAUGCUUUUAGCGCUCUGGUGAAAGCAUCUAACACUGGAUCCAACAUGAAGGUGAGAUGGAAUGCGUGUUACGCCAUUGGAAAGGCCCUUAAGAACCCCAUUUUGUACAGUCCAUCUUUAAAAUGGCAGAGCUCUGUAUUCACUGUUCUGACAGAACUGGUGAUUGGCUUUAAAAACUUUAAAGUCAGGAUAAACGCGGCUCUCGCCCUGAUGUCGCCGCCACUGCGGGAAAACUACAACUCAUACUACCAACCUAUUUGGCUAUCAUUGCUGAAAGCGCUGGAAAAUUCCCAAAACAUGGAGGAUUUCAACGAAUACAAGCACAGGGAUAACCUGGUGGAACAAAUUUGUUUAGCUAUUGGUCACCUAACCUCAAUUGCCGCAGAAGAGGAUCUGUCGAAAAUACAUGAAGUCGUGGAUUUAUACCAUGAUAACCUAAAAAUUAACAUGCAUAAAGUGCUGGAAAGACUUGUACCGGAAAAAUCCACGUCACUUUACAGCGCUGUAUCGAGAUUAACAGCUUUGGAAGCCCAAAAAACAGCCAACAAGGAAGCCAUAAACACACUAAAAACUAUUUUCACACACAAUAUAUGAUAUGCACAUAAUACAGAGC